UUAACGUACACCUGUACUACAUUGAGACGGAAAAUACAUUUUAAGACCUACACUAGUAGUAAUAAAAUCACUGCAGACGACAAGAUACAAUGAGGACUUUAGUGAUUUCCACUUUACUGUUUGCUAUGGGCACAUGUUUACCUGCAAUAACCACAUCUUAUUCUAUUCCUCCAGAAGACCUGGAUGGAUCGGGACAUGAUCUGGAAAGUUCUGGCUCAGGUUCAGGGGAACGGGCAGAAGUGUCCAAAGGCUCAGUGAGGCUUACCACUAUCUCAACAUUUACAAUGACAAUGAGUGAAGAUGACUUAAUGUUCAAUGCCAUUGAUGAAGAGGAUAAAGCCGUCCCAAUUAUCAUGACAGACAACACCAGAAAUAAAAUAUCAGAGGACUCAGACUUGACCUUUGACAAAAGGCCUAAACUAGAUGACAACAACGGAUCAGCCAUUGGCAAUGUGGCAAAGAGUGGGGGUCUUCUAGCAAACAAAGAAGCUCUUGCAGCUAUUAUUGCAGGAGGAGUGGUGGGACUGGCCUUGGCUGCCUCCCUGUUAACACUCAUGGUCUAUAACAUGAAGAAGAAAGAUGAGGGAGGCUACACUGUCAACCAGAAAAACACAUCUAACGGAGGAUAUCAGAAACCGAAGACCAAGGAGGAGUUUAUUGCGUAACUUCCCCUCAAAGACAAAAUAAUGUCUCAACCCAGCAGAUUUGUUUGAAGAGUUCAUUUUUGAGAGAAAGAAGUUGGUUGGGUUUGCGCCAGGAGAAAAUUCACAGCAGAAAAUGCAAACUUGUGGUGUAUUCGAGGUUUAAAAAGACGGUAACACUUUACUUGACACCCAAGUAAAGAUAACAUAUAACAUGGUCAUAACCAUGUCAUAAUACGUCAUAACAGCUGACAUAACUUGUCAUAUGGCCACAACACUGUCAUGACACAUAAUAAACAGCAAAAAAAGAAACGUC